CGCUUCCUGCUUCAGUGUGUUGUUGGACGGCGAACAGCUCGGAAGUUCAGAGCGCAAUCGGGGCCGCGUGUACUAGUAGAAGCUGGAACUUUUGAUUCGCGCGCAAGUUUCGCUUAAAGUAAUCUCAGCUCGAGAGAUUAGAGGUCGCGGAAAAUUGCGUGAGGUAGACCAUCGAGACUAGGUUCAAGAAUCAAGAAGAGGAAAUCGCGUGGCAAAACCUGCAAAAACGCGAGUCCAGGUCUGUGAUUAGAGCUGAUUGCGAGCGAAUGGCCUAAGUCAGCGCCAGAUCAUCUACUAAUUGGUCAAGUCAACCUUUGAUUGAUUCGUGCGAGAAUCGCGUUCGCGAGUGUGUUUGCUUGUGUGGAGUUCGGCGUUGUUUUUCCUCAAAUCUCAGCUUGAAACGAGCAAGAGCGCGAGGUUUAGCACGCGAAAAAAGGAAGCCCAAACAGGAUUAGUGACUAGACAAACCACACUACAAAGUUACAGAACAGUUCUGUGUGUAACGCAGCAUUAGAACACCCCCUCAGUCUGUGUUGUUAGUCGGUUGAGCUAGGAAGCUAGAGCUGAGCAAGGAAGGAUGAAUAUUCCGUUGCGGAUCGUCGGGAUACUGUUGCGGGUGCUGAACGUGCUGCUGCUGCCGCUGGUCAAGUUUGUGGGCGGGUCGAAGCGGCGGACGCCCUUCCCGGAGAUCCGGAACGAGAUGCUCCAGGUGCCGGCGGUCGAUCUGGCCGAGCGCAUCCGGAAUAAGGAGCUCCGUUCCGAGGACGUGGUUCGAGCGUACAUCCAGCGCAUCCGGGAGGUGAACCCGCUCAUCAACGCCGUCGUCGAGGAACGGUUCGCUGCGGCCCUCGAAGAAGCCAAAAAGGCGGACGAACUGAUCGCGUCAGCCCAAACCAUCUGGCUCAUCAAAACCUACCCCCUCCUUGGAGUCCCCUUCACCGUCAAGGAGAGUUGCGCCCUCAAGGGAGCGCCCCUGACGGGCGGAUCGCUCCCUCGGCGCUCCGUCAAGGCGUCCGUGGACGGUGAGGCGGUCGCCAAUCUCCGCGCUUCCGGCUGUAUCCCCCUGUUGGUGUCCAACACGCCGGAGUACUGCCUCAGCUGGGAGUCGUACAACCACGUGACCGGCCGGACGCUCAACCCGUACGACUCGCGACGGACCGCGGGCGGUUCGUCCGGGGGCGAGGGUGCCCUCAUCGGGGCCGGAGCGUCCCUGUUUGGCGUGGGUAGCGACGUGGCCGGUUCGAUUCGCGUGCCGUCGCUGUUCAACGGCAUCUUUGGCCACAAACCGACUGCUGACGUCAUCUCGAUCAAGGACCACUUCCCCAACUCGACCGACCCCAAGUUCCGCAACCUCCUAACCGUCGGCCCAAUGUCGCGCUACGCCAAGGAUCUGCCCACGCUGGUGCACGUAAUGGCCGGCGAUCGCGCGUCCAAACUGCGCCUGGACGAAACCGUCUACACGCGGGACAUCCGCAUUCACUACCUGGAGGACUUUGGCUUCAACUUGGCGCUGCCGUCCGUGGACGAAGAGAUCAAGAUCGCCAUGUUCCGAGCGGUGCAGUACUUCAAGGACCACGGGCUGCACACGGAACGGGCCGACCUGGAGCAUGUCGGGGAGGUGCUGGAAAUAGCACUGUGCAAGCUGCAAGCGCUGGAGGAUGUUCCGGACAUUUUUGAAAACCGGGAAAAUCCCAAGGAGAAGCACAGUCUGCUGUUGGAGCUGGGCAAAGCCAUGAUCGGCAAGUCGCAGUUCACGCUGGCCGGAGUCGUGUUCAACAUACUGUUCAACACGAAGUACCUCUUUUCGCGGGAGGAACAGCAGCACUACCUGAAGUUGGCCGACGACCUCAAGCAGCAGAUCAUCGACACCCUCGGCACCGACGGCGUCCUCUUCCUGCCGUCCUACCCGACGGCCGCUCCCCGGCACUACCAGUCUUUUGGCUACGUGACCGGCGUGACCUACUCGAUGCUGUUCAACGCGCUUGGACUACCCGGAACGCAAGUUCCGCUCGGGUUCAACAAGCAGGGCCUCCCCAUUGGGAUCCAGGUUGUGGCGGCGCCCUACCAGGACCGACUUGGGAUGUGCAUUGCGCGCGAGCUAGAAGCGGCCUUUGGCGGGUGGAGGGCACCACAGUGAGCGGAGUUGGACGGAGAAGCCUUCAUGAGAUUAGUGAUACAAAACGGAGCCAAAUAGAAAUUCAAUGAGUGCAAGGACCUGGACGCGAGUGUGAGAGCUAGUCUGGUCAGUUGAACGCGCAUGUUCGAGAAUAGCAUUUAGAGAUUAGGGCAGGUUAAGUCUAAAGAAGCCAGGUUCAGCAACUUCGAGGAAGUUAACGGACCCCGGACUGUUGUUAGAAGUUAGCUUUAAGCAUGGGGAUUUUAACUUAUUCAUCGUCCAUCGCCGGAAUGGAUGAUUUUUAUACAGCGAAAUAAAUGAUUUUAAAAAAUAAGACAAUUCAA